CUCCUCCCCUUCCCCCUCCCUCCAGGCCUGGAAUUGGGUUUGGGGCGGGUUCUGCUCCCCAAGCCAUCUCCUCCGCAGGCAGGCAGGCAGGCAAGGGCUGUCCUCGACUCUGAGCUCGCCUUUUCCGAGGCUCCAGGCCGUGCUCUGAGCUGGCCUGCUGCCCCGGGGAUCCGCGGCCAGAGGCGAGUGUCGUGCUCCGAGAAGGAAAGACCUCGGAAGGAGAAGCGUGCGGGCCGGCACACCGCGAGCAGAGCCGUGAGAAGUCUGGACUCGCCAGGCCUGGAGAUGGUGGGGAACUGUUCCUGGGAGGCCCAUCCAGGCAGCCGGAGUAAGCUGUGUCCAGACGUGAGCGGGGCCCCCGAGCUGUACAUCCGCGGCUUCCUGACCAUCGAACAGAUCACCAUGCUGCCGCCGCCCGCCGUCAUGAACUACGUCUUCCUGCUCCUCUGUCUGUGCGGCCUGGUGGGCAACGGGCUGGUCCUCUGGUUUUUUGGCUUCUCCAUCAAGCGGAGCCCCUUCUCCGUGUACUUCCUGCACCUGGCCGGCGCCGACGUCGGCUACCUCCUCAGCAAGGCUGUGUUCUCCGUCCUGAACACGGGCGGCUUCGUGGGCACGUUCGCCGACUACGUCCGCGCCGUGACCAGGGUCGUGGGGCUCUGCACGUUCGUGGCCGGCGUGAGCCUCCUGCCCGCCGUGAGCUCGGAGCGCUGCCUGUGCGUCGUCCUCCCCGUCUGGUACUGGCGCCGCCGGCCCAAGCGCCUGUCGGCCGUGGUGUGCGCCCUGCUCUGGACCCUGUCGCUCCUGGUCACCGGCGUCCACCACUACUGCUGCGUGUUCCUGGCCCCGCGGGGCUCCGGCAGCGCCUGCGGGCGCAUGGACACCUUCCUGGGCAUCCUGCUCUUCCUCGUCUUCUGCCCGCUCAUGGUGCUGCCCUGCCUGCUGCUCAUCCUGCACGUGGAGUGCCGGGCCGGGCGGCGCCAGCGCUCUGCCAAGCUCAACCACGUCGUCCUGGCCAUGGUGUCCGUGUUUCUCGUGUCCUCCAUCUACCUGGGGAUCGACUGGUUCCUCUUCUGGGUCUUCCAGAUCCCGGCCCCCUUCCCCGAGUACGUCACCGACCUCUGCAUCUGCAUCCACAGCAGCGCCAAGCCCGUCGUCUACUUCCUGGCGGGAAGGGACAAGUCCCAGCGACUGUGGGAGCCUCUCCGGGUGGUCUUCCAGCGGGCCCUGCGGGACGGUGCCGAGCUGGGGGAAGCCGGGGGCAGCACGCCCAACACGGUCACCAUGGAGAUGCAGUGCCCGACCAGGAACGCAUCCUGAGAGGCCGGUGCCGGCUGGGCGG